GUAAAAACGCAGGACGUCUUCCCCUACGUUGAAGUCAUCGGCCCUGCUUGAGCUAUCAUGCCUGAAGGACCUGAAAUCUACUUGGCAUCUCGUUUCAUCAACUUAAUUAGCAAAAGCAGGAUAUAUGGCGGACAAGUGGUGAAAUCCGAAGUGUCGACGAAGAAUCCUGAUGUGCCAUGGGCUGCCAAAUACUACCGAGUCACCGCAACAGCUCGGGGAAAGGAACUGAAAGUGACUUUACACGAGGGUCGGGAUGAAGAAAAGAAAAAUCGCAGCACUCUCGAUAUCCUGAUACGGUUCGGGAUGUCUGGAAGUUUUAAGUUCACGCAAGUCGAUGAGACCCCCAAGCAUGCCCAUUUAAGAUUUUACACAAUUGAAGAAGAUCCCCCAAUGGUGCUGAGUUUCGUAGACUAUAGACGCUUUGGCAGAUGGGAAGUGAAUGGUACAUGGGGUUCGGACAGAGGACCAGACCCUAUGUGGGAAUACCCCAGUUUCAGGGAAAACAUCUUAACAAACCUCAAGUCUGCAGCCUUCAAUAAACCUAUUUGUGAAGCAAUGUUAAAUCAGAAGUUUUUUAAUGGUAUUGGAAACUACUUGAGAGCGGAAAUUCUUUACAGAUGUGGCAUUGCUCCAUUUGAUGAAGCCCGUGAGGUUCUGAGUGAAAUUAAGCCCUUUAGCAAGUGGCAUGAGUCAACACUCUCCCCCAAAACACCGACAAGUGUGAAGUGUGAGCCAGAUAUCUUGGACUUGUGCCAUAUAGUGCCGAAAGAAGUCAUAAAUCUUGAAGGCAAAGGUAAAGGAUAUAAUGUGGACUUGGAUGCAGAUGAAGAUGAUUACAAGGCCUUCAAGGAAUGGCUUCAGUGUUAUUAUCAAGACGGAAUGAAGAAUAUGGUAGACCACAAUGGCCGUACCAUGUGGUUUAGCGGAAAGCCUGGGAAGAUGGUGCCAAGAGAUGCAGCCUCAAGAGGUAAAAAGCAGGGCAAGAAAAAUAAAAAAGGUGUUGAUGAAGAAGAUGCAGCAAACCAUGGAAGCAGCAGGAAACGUGUAAAGAAGGAAGAUGAAGAUGAGAUAAAGACAGAAGAUAUGAAACAACUAAAGGAGGAGUUGAAAGAAGAUAUGCAGAAGCAGGUAAAGAAAGAAGUGAAAAGGGAGAUAAAGAAAGAAGUGAAGGAGAAAGUAAAGAAGGAAGUGAAGGAAGAGCCGAAGAAAGGCCGUGCCAGAAAAAACAGUAGAAAGAGCAUGGACGUCAAGGAAAAUAGUGCUGUCAAGACCUCCAUAACUCUAAGCAACAAGUUAGCUCAAAAGCUCAAAGACAAUAAACCCAAGAGGGCAAAUAACAGGGAAAAGAAUCCUGUGAAAAGCACCAAAACACCCAAAGCCAAGGUUACAAAGAAAGUAAAAGACAUAAAUUCAGUGCACCGUGAGUCACCGGUACGGAGAUCAAAAAGAAUUGGUUCUGUCGUUGAGAACUGAUUUUUGGAGUGUGAAUGCACUAGUACAAAAUUGAUGUACAAUUAUUUAGUAUUACAAGAAGUUAGGAGGAACACUUUAAUAAAAUUUAAUAAAUUCUUUUUUAUUAUAUUGGAUAAAAGUAUGAAGUUGUUUAAAUAUAUGUUACAUGUAGAUUCAAUAUAUUUAAGAGAUUGGCCUAAAUAUAUUUGCGUAAAUGGAUAUUUCAGGAUGAACAUAGUAGUUUAAAAGUAUUUGCCACUAUAGGUUGUAAACUAUUUGAUAUUCUCCUAGAUAAUUUUAAAUGGUUUUAGCAUUAGCAUUUUGAAAGAAUAGAUUUUUUAACUUUACGUAAUUAAGAAGUUUUCAUUCCAUAUUUACAGAGAAAAUAUUAUAAGAAUUCCUCACUGUUUUAUACUGGUAGCCUAUUCAGUUGGUCAAUUCAAAAUCUUAAUUUUCAUUCAUGUAUUUCUUGUGUACAAGAAGCAUUUAACAUUUUAGACCAUUCAUUUAAGAUCAUAGAUAUUUUAUCAAGUAUCUUAGUAAUCAGACAGAAGGUCUGUUACAUUAUAAUCUACUGUUAGUCACCUAUUGUUUUGCACCAAUUACAAAGACUGGAAACAGCCACAAUUUGUGCAAUGCAGUUUGUUGAUGAAAGUUGUCUCAUUUAAUUUCAUUUUCACAGAUUAUCAUAUUCAUAGUUGUUCAUAGAUCUGAUAUGUCAAAAUGCUCUCAACAAAUCAUCUAAUUUACGUUUUAUUUGAGUGAACCAAGACUUUGAUUUUUUUAAAAGUAUGGGUGUGGCAAGCUUUUAUAGGCAGCAUAACCUCUUUUCAUGUAAAUAAAUAGUAUGAUGUCUGGUUGGUUUAAUGGGUGAAUUUUUUUUUUAAAGAGUCACUUUAAAGAAAAAAGAAUUUAAUUAUUUUUCUAUUUAAGAACUUGAAUGAAUGCUGGUACAAUAUGUCAUAUCCGUAGAAUUAGAAAGAUAUAUUUUGCAGGUAAUGGCAUGACUCAAAAAGAUAAUUUCAAAUGUUUUAUACCAUGUAUUUUAUGAUUAUAAUAAAUGUUGAUUUUUA